CCCGGGGGUGCAAGUUGAAGCAGCCCCAAGCCCUUGCAACUGCCCUCAAGACUGGCCGGCCGGCCGGCAACUCCUCGGCCCAGUGCCCGCCCCUUCCCCGCUUCCUCCUCCUCCGCCGCCUGCUAUAUCUUACCUCGGCCCUCAAGCGGGUUCCCGCCGCCCUUUUCCCGCCCCAAAAGCGCGCAGGUGCCGUCCGGAGCCUCGCCGGGAAACUCGACGCGCGCUGUCUAAAGCCGAGAGAGCGAGGCGAAGGAGAAGCCGGCUCCGGACGCCGCCUCCUCUUCUCCGGCUCGACGCCUGCGAGGUGCUCCCUGAGGGAGGGGAGUCCUUUCUGUGGAGGUCGAGGGCCUCCCCAAACCCCGCGCGCCCACGGCUCCUUUGUGCCUCAAGAGAGGCGCGCACCGCCGCGGCGCCCGAGGGCAAAGUGAGUGGGCAAAAGAAGGCAAGACUCCCCGGCGCCGGAUUCCUCUGAGGCGGCAGCGGCUGCUUGUUUUUUUUUUUUUAUUUGUGGCGCUGCCAAAGGAGAAAGAAGGAAGGAAGGAGCCAUGGGGGUUCCCGUGCCUGGAGAGAACGGCCUCUUGGGCGCUUUCUGGAAGAGGCUGCGGCGCACCUGCAGACCCGGCGGCGGCGGCGGCGGCGGCGGCGGCCCGGGAGGCAGCGGCGGGCGGCGGAGCGCCGACGAGAUCCACCUGCUGCAACAGAAGAAGAUCUGGGAGACUCCACUCCUCCUGGCUGCCAAGGAGAACAAUGUCCAGCUCAUCAGGAAAUUGAUCUUGGAUGGUUCCUGUGACGUUUUGCAAAGAGGAGCGGUGGGAGAGACAGCCCUGCACAUAGCUGCUCUCUACGAUAACACGGAAGCUGCAGAGGUGCUCCUGGAGCUGGCUCCAGAACUCAUUAAUGAAAAGAUGACAUCAGAACUCUAUGAAGGACAAACACCUCUCCACAUUGCAGCGAUCAAUCAGAAUAUAAACCUAGUGAAAUGUCUGGUCAAGAAAGGGGCUCACAUCUCCACUCCUCGAGCUACAGGACUCUUCUUCAGGCGCAACCCGAAAAGCCUCUUCUACUUUGGGGAGCAUAUUUUAUCCUUUGCCGCCUGCACAGGAAAUGAGGAAAUUGUGAGCCUCUUGGUGGAAAAUGGAGCCGAUAUCAGGGCACAAGAUUCUCUAGGUAACACUGUUCUCCAUGUCCUGGUACUUCAACCCAACAGGACCUUUGCAUGCCAGAUGUACAGCCUGCUGCUUGCUUAUGACAAACGAGAGGCUGGCCUGGGACCUUUCGACUUGAUCCAAAACCACGAAGGCCUCACUCCAUUCAAACUGGCUGGAGUUGAGGGGAACACUGUGAUGUUCCAGCACCUUAUGCAGAAGCGAAAGCACGUGAUGUGGUCCUUUGGGCCCAUUAACAACAUUUUCUACGACCUCACGGAAAUUGACUCCUGGAACGAAGACCAGCCUUUUCUAGAGCUUAUUGUCUCAACCAAGAGAAGAGAGGCUCGUCGCAUCCUUGACAUCACGCCAGUUAAGGAGCUUGUGAGUCUGAAGUGGAACACUUAUGGGCGCCCAUACUUCUGCUUCCUGGCGUUAUUUUAUGUCCUGUACAUUAUCUGCUUCACCCUGUCCUGCAUUUACAGACCUCUGAAAUCACGGUCAGAAAACCAAACAGAUGAGCGGGACAUAACCAUUGCCUUGCAGAAAACGCUGCAGGAGUCCUAUCAGACAUAUGAAGAUCAUCUCAGGCUGGUGGGGGAGCUGAUCACUGUGAUAGGAGCCAUGGCAAUUUUGCUCCUAGAGAUUCCAGAUAUUUUAAGAGUUGGAGCCACUAAGUAUUUUGGACGAACCAUCCUGGGAGGACCUUUCCACAUCAUCAUCAUUGUGUAUGCAUGUUUGAUCCUGGUGACCAUGGUAAUGCGACUCACAAGCACCGAUGGAGAGGUGGUACCCAUGUCCUGUGCCUUGGUUCUGGGCUGGUGCAACAUCAUGUAUUUCGCUCGAGGGUUUCAGAUGCUUGGCCCCUUCACCAUUAUGAUACAGAAGAUGAUCUUUGGAGAUCUUAUACGCUUCUGUGGCCUAAUGGCGGUUGUGAUACUUGGCUUUGCAUCAGCCUUUUACAUCAUCUUCCAGACAGAGGACCCUAAUGGCGUGGGCCAUUUCUACAACUACCCCAUGUCUCUCUUCAGCACCUUCGAACUGUUCCUGACCAUCAUUGACGGACCUGCCAACUACGAAGUGGACCUCCCUUUCAUGUUCAGCGUAGUGUACUUUGCUUUUGCCAUCAUUGCCACUCUGCUCAUGCUGAACUUGCUUAUUGCCAUGAUGGGCGACACCCACUGGCGGGUGGCCAGCGAACGGGAUGAGCUUUGGAGAGCACAGGUUGUGGCCACUACAGUCAUGCUUGAGCGGAAACUGCCACGAUGCCUCUGGCCUCGCUCUGGCAUCUGUGGGCGAGAGUAUGGACUAGGGGACAGGUGGUUCCUCAGGGUGGAAGAGCGUUUGGAUGCCAGCAAGCAGAAGAUGCUCCGCUAUGCAGAGGCCUUUAAGGGCCAAGACAAAGAGGAUCUGGACAAGUUAUCCGGGAAGCUAGAGCUGGACGAUCCUUUCCGGAAGGAACCAUCUCCAACCGUCUCACGGAGCACAACCCAGAGUAGUUUCCACCGCGGUUGGCAAAUCCUUCGGAACAACACCUUCAGCCACCUACGCGGGGAAGUGAACCACGCCUUGGAAGAAGAGGUCUACCAUGUCUGAGAUGGUGCUUCACUGACUCUGCACGCUACUGGUGCUUUGCAAUGCAUCGUUAAUUUCUCAAGGUGCUGGAGGGAUCUUGCGGCAGCUUUAUCAGCUGGCGUUUGUAAGAACAUAAGAAGAGUCUCCUGGUUCAGGCCAAAGGCCCAUCUUCUCCAGCAUCCUGUUCUCACAGUGGGAGAACAGUUCUGUUCCCACAGAUUCCUGCUGGAAGUCUGCAAGCAGGAGAUGAGCGCAAAGGCACCCAGUUCUUGCGAUCUUGUGGCAGCAUCCCAUGAAUUCAUCGCAUCCCUCUCAAGUGCGCUGCCUCUGCACUUCAGUGCAACAGACCCGAGGCACCCUUGGGAUGUGUAUCUCCUCCCUGCAGAAAUUAUUCUAAGGACAGCACCAGAGUUUUACCUGCAUCAAAGGGGUUUUCAUUGGGAGUUCAGUUACGACCCGAUCAAUAGUUCCUAUCUCUCCGCAUGUUCCCGGGCAACAUUCCACAAAAGCUUCCCUAUUCUCUGAAGAGUCAGCACUAUGGAAAUUUUAAAUCGAAUAUGAAGGGGGGGGCAGACAUUAUUUAAACUCAGGGAGCUGGCUAAAUCUGACACAGCAACUGAGCAGACUGUCAACAGCCAGCUAGCGGGCAUUCCAGGGACCCUUAAAGAGUACGGACAUCAUCUCAACUAAGUACAUUUCCACACUGCUACAGAGUGGGUUCUUCUUUUUGAGUAUGGGAAGCUAGUGCACUUUAAGCCAAAUGUGUGACACUGGAUUUUAUCCCAGGUCGAACUUUUCUAGGGCCAUGUCAUUGGACUCCUCUGUUCUUGAAAAAGCAGGAUUAAGGCCAUUUUUCCUUGGCGGAAUUGACCUCUGCUAAUAUUCGCUAUUGCAGGGUGGGAUGAGGGUUAGGGGAAGAGGUUUAUGAACUCAUUUGUGUUCGCGUACAGCUGCCACUACUUCUCCUUGCGCAAGGAGACCAAGCCCUGCCGUGUCUCCAUCUUACCAGCUGUUGCAAGUUCCUGUGCGCAUAGUUUGUGGGGAAGUGUCGUCUUGCUGCUCACCUGCCGUAGUAUUUUACGGUGCCUGAUUAUGAGGGGAGAGCAAAUGUGAGACAGGAUCCGGGCGUACAGAUUGAAAUCCAGACGGAACAGCGGAUGCUGGUGAAUAUAGGUGCAUAAAGCUCUUGGACCCUUCUGAGAACUGUUACCCCCAAAUUCUGCUUAAAGUAGAUCUGGAGUUCAAAUAAAAUAGCCAAGCUAGCUCAAUUUUUUAUUAUGAGUUUUGCACAUCCAUCGGUGGCUCCCUGCCUUUGCUUUACAGUCAGGUGAACUUGAGAAGUUCCUGCUCAGGAAGAAGAAGGGGAAAAACACACCUGCAGAGUCAAACUUAGUGAAACGUCUCAGGGGGGCUUUCGUGCUUCCGGGACUUUGAACUUGAGAUGGCCUUUCAUGAAGGAUACAACUUAGAAGGGAGACUCGUCUUUCCACAAGAACGACGAGAGUGAGACUGGUGCUUCUACAGUCUCCCUCCAACUUUAUCAUCACUUUGAAUUUCAUUACAGAAGGAAAACAAGAAACGGUCAUUACUUAAAGCGAAGGAGUGACUUAAGAUUGCUGCCUCCCCAACUGCAGAACUCAGUGGAAAGUUACCCACAUUCCUCUGUAGCAAGAGCAGUGAGGAGAGGUCUCAGCUAGCCAAAGGAAAUGUACUUGCACAGAAUAUUUUUGGGGCACCUUGACUGCUAAAAAUGCUUUGUACUGUGACAGUUCCUCUCAUGGAAUUAGUUUGGGCUGUGGCUUCAAUCAGGGUUUCUGAGGGUUUGGUUGUCGUCGUCCCCAUUUUCAUUCCUAACUUGAAUUCCAUUUUCUAUCCAUAUUUUCCCUCAACUGGGCAGAUUCCAAACUGUGUUCCAGGAUUAUUUUUAUUUUCUUCACUGAGAAGCUCAGUAAUGGUGUAGAAGCAUCCCUGAAAAACGCCUUGUCCAUCACUGCCAGUCUUCUCCAUCUUUGUCCAGUGCAGUGGGGGCUGAUUCUACAGUUUAUGCAGGGCCUAAUAGGCUUGGCCAUUUCUCACCUUGAAUGGAGUGCACAUCUUGAAGAUGCCACGCAAGCCUUAAGUUAUGCCACUGACGUUUGGGAGGAAGGCAGGCAGGAUUGAGGAAGGGCCGUAGCAGACACAUUGCCUGCCAAAAGGUCCAGGUUCAAUCCCUGACACCUCCAGGUAUGUCUGGGAACAUCCCUUAUCUAAAACCUUGAAGAGUCACUGCCAGUCAGUGCAUGCACUAUUGUGCUAGAUGGGCCAAUGUCCCGAUUCUUUGUAGGGUAAGGUGAGCAAAUGUUCAUUCAUUUGCUAUCAAGAAGCAAAUUAGCUUUGGGUGGUCUUGCUCAUAUUUCCAUUUUCAGAAGUUGCUCCCUAACAUUUGGGGAGUUUGCACUAUGCGAAAAUGAGAAGUGUGAUUUGCACAUAGGUAAAAGCAUUUCCGUGCACUGCUCUGGUUUCACCAGAAGCGGUUUAGUCAUGCUGGCCACAUGACCUGAAAAAACUGU